ACGGCUUAAAGAUACACUGAAUAAUGCAGAAUUGUUGAUGCUCAUGAUCCUAUUUUGGCCAUGCAUGUGCUUCCAAGGUUCGCCUUGAUGCCAGCUGAUAAUAGACAGUAUCAAAAAUUAACGGAUAAAAAAAAACCAGAAUGCCCGCGAAAGUCUAUUUCUCGCCCACCGCAAGCGUCUGGAAGCGGCAGUGGAAAAGCUUGGUAUAUUUACCCCCCCACCCAUAAGAGGUUCAUCAACUAUCAGUCUGUCAUCGACCACCACUGCAUCCAGCAGCUCAGCACAAACUCUUCUUUAUAAUACAACAGAAAAACAAAUUGGAGAAAUUCACUGCACAGAUAUUUAGCUUAAUAUUUUAUUUACGUACGCCAAGUUCUUCCCUCCACCCACUCGAUCCUACUCACAACGCCACCACCACACUUCUUAGCCGGCGCAAACAGCACUCCCCCAAGACCUCAAAGAAUGGAUCAAAGCUUUCGAAUAUAGAAACCAAUAAAGCAACCUCCUUAAUUCGAUAAAUAAAGGAAAUAGCAGCCAGAUCAUAUCUUAGCCAAUAUCCCCGCUUAUCUAUCAAACCUCCCCGCCAUGACGACCCUCGACUCCGAAUUCCCUUACUCCCUAACAAUCUCCCUCCCCCUCCCCACCCACCGCCUUGCCUCCGCGGCCCUCCGCACUUUACAAGUCGAUGCCGAACUCUCCCCGCUCGUCCGCCGCACAUUCCGGCUCACGAGGCCGCAGCCACCACAAUUGCAAAGCCGGGCAGAGGCGCAAGUACAAUCGGAUUCGCAAAUACUUCCCUCUUCACCUCCCACGACCAAUAGUGCUGCUACUACCGCUCUUACCGAGCCACAGCCCAUCUCGACACAGACACCAGCCACCCGCGAAGACGAAAAAGGGCUGAGGGAAGCUAGAGGAGACGAGGAAGAACGAACAGUGCUGCAGACAGAGUAUCGAGCGACGACGAAUCGGAUGCUGCGGGUGGCGGUGAAUGGGUUCAUGGAGAGCUUAGGGGUUGUGCUGGGGGUGAUGGAGGAGCUGGACGUGGAUGUUUUGAAGGGGGAAUUGGGAGCUGCAUAAUAGCUACUUGGGUAAUUUUUAUGACGAGGUGAGGUUCCUUGGGAUAUGGAGAGACGAUAUACGGCAAAAUACUGGGUGUAUGAUCAAGAUGGUGAUGGGGUUUUUGUUGUCGUACAUUUAUAUCCUCCCAAAAUAAAUACCCGUGCAGAGACUGCUACGAUAAUUUACUCUGGCUCUUUAAGCUUUAAAUAUACCUGUGAGGCUGUGACCUACUCUUGCACUGUGCAAGACCUCCUUCAUAUUAUUAUUACAUUGAUAUAACAAUGGAACUCGUAGCAGCAAUAUUUGCCACGUUUGCCACAUUUACCUUGUUUGUAGCGUUUGUC